AUGUCGCCAAACGCGCUGUCAGGUAAAAAUUCGAAAGCCCUGGAUGAACUGACCAAGAAUUUAUGCGCGGGAUCUCGACGUGCACUACCAGAACUUCCUUGUGAUCCGGAAACCGGAUCUAAAGAAGUACCAGAUUCGACUGUUUCAGAAAUUUACGCUACAAUGGAAAAGGCGAAAGGUGAAUCGCCUGAUCUUGAAGAUGAUUACGUCAAGAAAAAGCAGGCAGAUUGUAAUCCCCUUUACUGUCAAAUUGAAGGCACCCAGGCAGGUGGUACUUCUUCGUUUGAACCACUGUAUUCCCUCAUUCAGCCGCAGGAACUGUAUGACAAUAUCAAGUGGGAUUAUAACGACAGCAUUACUGUUCCGUCAGCUAGUCAAAACGUUUCAGGAAGCAGCACUCUACCUAAAGAGACAUACUUGGCCAAUUUUCAGUACGACUAUCCACAGUUCAGAGAACUGCGGAGAGCGUUCAGUAAUUCUCUACAUGGCUACUCUGGUUGUUCUGGCACUGGUCCGGUACCUAAGGUGUCGUCUGAAUUUCCAGUCGUUCUCAGAAGAGACGCUUUGUACUCGAUUUUGCCAAAGACAGGUUGCGGCGGCUGCAACCGUGACACAGACGGCCAUCAGACGCGUCGCCGUUUUAGCAUGGGUAACAGCGAUUCUGACUACCAGUACGCAGUAAUCAACAAGUUCAAAGAUGAAGCACCGGACGUCGUCUCCGGCAGUGAUGCUUUGCUGACGCCUUUUUGCGCACCAAGUCGAAGUCGGUUGACCACUAGCGGCACCUGUGGUGGCGUGUCAUCGUUGACCACUAAUCGUUACAGCGACACCAGGCCUAUUUUGAACCACGCGAACGCGGAAUACGACGCUGACUCUGUUGGACGCAGUGCGCCUAGCUACCGUUAUUUGUCAGUCAGGGAGCCGCUGGAGUCGGUUCAGCGACGGUUACAGCAACAUGCCAGUGUUCCUCGUAACCUCAGCAUGUCCGAUACUAGCAUCCAUUACUACUCGAGCAUCACCGAAAACUGUUACGAAGCGGUAAGACAAACGCUCAGCUAA